GAGAAGACAAGGCGGCUGCCUGCGGGUGCCGCGGGGACCUGCGGGGCUGGGCCGGAGGCAGGACCGCUCGGCAGGACCCAGCCCUGGGCUGACGCUGCCUGACCGGAGCUGCCCUUCCCGGCCGCCGGCUCUCUUGGGACCCGCCCCGGGCACCUCCCGAAGCUGUCCCGGCUGGCUGAGUUUGUCCGUGCUCGGCUGUGGAGAGCCGCGGGCUUUUCUUGUUUUUUCUUUCUUUCUUUUUUUUUUUUUUUUUUAAUAGUUUUCGUCCUCCAGGGAAGGCGCUCCACUUCAAACCUACUGGGGAAGACAGAUUUCCAAGGAGUCAGUCCCUCCAGCCCUGUGUGGGCCUCUUCUGGCCUCCUGCCCACCUGGCAACAUUAGCACCCUCAUUGGACGGCGUCAGGAAGUGCUGGUCCAAGCUCCGACAGAGCCCAGUGAACUCAGCUUUGAGGAUGGAGUCAGGUGGGGCGUCCUCAACCCCUCCAGAACUCAUUGCUACUCUGGGGAUGACAGAUGCUGGACCUGGCAGCUCCUCUCUAGGGAAGCUCAGAGCACUCCCUGUUGGACCUGGGGUUCACUCCAGGGACCCUGGCAGCCCAGCUGCAGCGGGGGACAGCUCCCCAGACACCGGCCCUGUUGGGGAGCUGAGCAGUGUCAUGAAGAUCCCCAACCGGGACAGUGGAAUUGACAGCCCGUCCUCAAGUGUGGCUGGAGAGAACUUCCCCUCUGAGGAGGGUAGUGACGCCAGCCCAGGCCCUGCAGUGCUGGGAUUGAACCCUGAGACAGCGCCACACAGCCAGGUCUUGCAGGAUACUCCCCAGGAGGAGGCUGACAGUGAUGUGGAUGAGGAGCCCGAUCCUGAGAACUCUGCCUUGAGGGCUGACAAGGAUGCCAGCCUGGCUCAGCACUCUGACCCCCAGAAGCUGCUCCACAUUGCCCAGGAGCUCCUGCAUACUGAGGAGACCUAUGUGAAGCGGCUGCACCUGCUGGACCAGGUUUUCUACACCAGGCUGACUGAAGCAGGGAUCCCUCCAGAAGUCACCACUGGCAUCUUCUCUAACAUCUCCUCCAUCCACCGUUUCCAUGGGCAGUUCCUGCUGCCUGAGCUGCAGACACGGAUCACAGAGGAGUGGGACAUGAACCCCCGGCUUGGGGACAUCCUGCAGAAGCUGGCACCAUUCUUGAAGAUGUACGGCGAGUAUGUCAAGAACUUUGACCGGGCUGUGGGGCUGGUGAGCACUUGGACCCAGCGCUCCCCUCUAUUUAAAGACGUCGUCCACAGCAUCCAGAAGGAGGAGGUGUGCGGGAACCUGACACUGCAGCACCACAUGUUGGAGCCCGUGCAGAGGGUCCCCCGGUAUGAGCUGCUGCUGAAGGACUAUCUGAAGAGGCUCCCAGGGGAUGCCCCAGACCGGAAGGAUGCAGAGAGGUCCUUGGAGCUCAUCUCCACAGCUGCCAACCACUCCAACGCUGCCAUUCGGAAAGUGGAGAAAAUGCACAAGCUCUUGGAGGUUUAUGAACAACUGGGUGGGGAGGAGGAUAUUGUCAACCCAGCAAAUGAGCUGAUCAAGGAGGGCCACAUCCAGAAGCUGUCAGCUAAGAAUGGCACCACCCAGGACCGUCAUCUCUUCUUGUUCAACAGCAUGAUCCUUUACUGCGUGCCCAAGCUGCGGCUCAUGGGCCAGAAGUUCAGUGUCCGGGAGAAGAUGGACAUCUCAGGCCUCCAGGUGCAGGAUAUUGUCAAGCCCAAUGCAGCACAUACGUUCAUCAUAACAGGAAGAAAAAGGUCCUUGGAGCUGCAGACUCGGACAGAAGAAGAGAAGAAAGAAUGGAUUCAGAUUAUCCAGGCCACCAUCGAGAAGCACAAGCAGAACAGUGAGACUUUCAAGGCAUUCGGAGGCUCCUUCAGCCCAGACGAGGACCCCAGCCUUCCUCCAGACAUGCCUAUGGGGAACGCCAGCUCUGGGGAGACUGCGGUGACAGCUGAAGGCAGCAGUGCUACAACAGGGCUUGAGCUCAGAAAACUAUCAUCUAAGGUCAGGCGUGACAAGGAGAAGCAGAGCUGUAAGAGCUGCGGGGAGACCUUCAACUCCAUUACCAAGAGGAGGCACCACUGCAAGCUGUGCGGGGUGGGCACACAGACUCCUGGACCCUGGACCCUCUGGGCAAGGAGAUCAGGCCCUGGAUACCAAGUCAUCUGUGGGAAGUGCUCUGAGUUCAAGGCUGAGAACAGCAGGCAGAGCCGUGUUUGUAGAGAGUGUUUCCUGACACAGCCGGUGGUCCCUGAGAGCCCCAGUCCUGAGGCUUCAGCUGAGCCCAAGCAGAGCACAGAGAAGCCAUCCACUGUAGAACCCCGGCCCAGCCUGCUCUGUGGGCCCCUGCGACUGUUGGACAGUGGUGAGGCCUGGAGUGAGGUAUGGGCCACCAUCCCCGUGUCGGACCCUCAGGUGCUGCACCUGCAGGGAGGUAGCCAGGACAACCGGCUGCCUCUCACCAUCCCUCUCACAAGCUGCAUGGUAAGCGUGCCUGAUUCCAAGGAGAGGCCGGACUCAGGGCAUGUGUGGAAGCUGCAGCGGGCCCAGCAGUCCUGGUACCUGAGUGCUCCCACUGCAGAGCUACAGCAGCAGUGGCUGGAGGCCCUGAGCACUGCCACCCAAGGGGACAUGGCCCAGGACAACUCCGGGACUCUGCAGCUUCAGGCUUCUGUAGAUGCAGCUGCUCUAUGAGCUAAGCCUGCCCUUUGGACUGCUGUGUUGGGCCUAUGCUGUUCUGGGAGGUGGCAUGAGAGGUCACAUGAAAGGUGCCUGGAACUGCUGAGGAUGGGCUAAUAGCCCUGAGCUCUGAGCACUUGGCCCUGGAGGGUCCUCCCUCUUCAGAGAGAAGGAAACUGAGGCCCAGAGCAGGACAGCCCAGGGUCACCCAACAAAUCUCAGCCAAGAGCCCAGCCUCCACCCAGCCCCAGCAGUAUGGCUCAGAGCAGGAGAGUGUGGCUGCAUGGUGACACAAGCUCCAAAAGGGAAAAGGAGGCAGCCUGGGCACCACUCAGGGACAGCCACGUUACUGCCUGGUCAACAGAUGUCUGCAGUGUGGUCCGCCCCAGCCUCUGCCCAUCCUGUCUACGCUGUGGACUCUGAAUCAUGACUUACUCCCUCUGGGCUCCCCUCCCUUCUCUGCCCCUCUCCUGUGGUCCUGCCUGCAGCCCACAGGAGGGGCGAGUGAUAGGCCUGCCCCAUCCUGGCUAGACUCAUGGUUCCUGAAUAAUUCCACAGAAACUCUGCCGGGAGACUCACCCCAGCCACCAGGUGGCCAGUGUGUGAGAUUCGUGGCUGUCCCCUUUGCAGGCAGCACAGGUGCUUAUCUGCAUAAAUAAAUCCCAGCCACCAGUAGGUGGCCACAGCCUCACAUUCUCUCCCUAUCCCUCAGCGGUGUCCCCCCAACAAGGCAGACCCAUUGGUAGAUGGCUAGGGGACAAAGGUGGCAGAAUCACCUAGGUCACAUGCCUUGUCUAGAGAGCAGUUCUGUACCUGUGGUCCUGCCUGUGGGGAGGGUGGAGCACUGUGCUGUGUGUAGCUCGUGAGUGGCCAGGCUCAGAGAUGAGCAGGGCAGGGUACCAAGCACUCCAGAUGGCAGCUGUGGGCACCUCACAAAUAUCGUGGGUGGGGUGGGGCUCUUUGCCCAGAACCCCAAGGGCCUCUGGGAGAGAGUGGGCAGAUUUAGGGACCAAUGAUGUGGUUCACUGUCUCUCAGGACCCCCCCCCCCACUCUAAUAUCCAGUGACACCCUGUGAGGACACCUGGUCAGACGUGUGGGGCACCUAUCUUUGGGGAGACUGAGAGGGCAGCAGUGGGAGCUAGAAAUAGGAGACUAGGCACAGGUGAAGUGGGGGACACAGGUAAGGUAAGAGGGCACAGGUGAGGAGGACACAAGUAAGGGGAUGGAGACAGGUGAGGAGACACAGGUGAAGGGGUAGAGGUGAGGGGGGCAGGUGAGGGGACACAGAUGAGCUUCUGCAAGUUCUAAAUAGGCUGUACUUGGGAUGCUGCCUCAGCCACUGCACACAGAGUCCCUGCCAUAUACCUGCCCCAUGCUCCCCAUGCUGCCCUGGGUGCCCUAGUAGUCCCACCUCACUGAGGAAACCGAGGCUCAGGGAAGUGAAAUACCCUGUAUGCUUCCAUGCUGGAUGGGGCUGCAGGGUCCAGUGGGGUAGAGAUGGAGACUAAGCCUUCUUCCCAGUGGGUCAUGGUAGACAGAGGCCCUGCAGUGGCCAGUGGGCAAACAGAGGCGGAUGGCCUUGGCAAUUGGGGAGCUUUAACAACUGUCCUCACCCAGGUGUCAGCCUGUAUGGCCAGAGAUUCUAGCUUUUUCUAGCGAUGAAAGAAAUCUAGAUGUUCUUGUAGAAUCUCCUGAGAAACUUUAAUACCUGCUACAGGGUCUGAGAUCACUGUGGUCCCAAACAACCCUGGGUGAGCAGCCAGUGUGGACCCAGAAAGUGAGUCCUCUGGGAAGCAAGGAAAAGGCACGUCACCACAGGCCUUUGGCAAGGCAUGCCUCUAGACUCUGUCACCUGGUGCAGGGACCGCUGGAUGCCAGCCAGUUGGCCUGGAUCUGGGCUUCUUUGCUCUUGCACUGGCAGCUGCAGGCUGUUGUUCUCACUUUUUCCAGAAGAGGAAGCUGAGGCUCAGACAGGAAGAGUGAAAGAGGCACACUUCCAGCCUCCAGCCUGCUGAGUCCACAUGCUGCACCUUAUGGGGCAGACACUUAUGGGGCCAGCCCUCCUAGGGUCUGCCCCCAGAGAGGCCUCCAGCUGGAUGCUCCAGAAAGGGGGUUACUGAGGAACAGCUGCACAGAGGGCUGCUGGUCACCCGCACCUAAGUGUUGGGGGUGUUGGGCCCUCACACCCCCUUGGCCUCUUCUUGCCCCACAGCCCAAGGCCUGGGCACACUCCACUGCUCCUCCGUGGACCCCUUGAUGGACACAUGCUGGCUCUUGGCCUCCUCACUAUCCUUUCCCUUCCUCCUCUUCCCCAAGGCCAGCACCCCCCCACCCCCUUUCACAGGCACGCUCUGGGAAAAGGGACACAAUGGGCAGGGCAGGGAGGUGGCUCCUGGGGUUUCUGGGGCUUGAAUGUUGAAUGGGGCAGGAAAGGAUCUGGGGUACCCAAUUGCCACACGAGUUAGAGCCUUUCUCCCCUCCCUUC